GAAAUCUGAAGCAGCAGCGGUGGAAAACACACUUUACAGAGGUACAAGCAAGUUACAACAUAAACUGUUCAUGUUUUGACACAGUACAACCAUGUCACGGUGGAAUUGAGGACACCAAUAAAAACAUAUUUAAACGUUACGAUCGUCAUUUCCGUGAAGUGCACGGAGGUUAGCGUUUGAUAUGAGACGACACUAUUCUGUUAAAAUGUGCACACUAUGCCAGUAAGCACACAGGGCACAUAGGGUGCUGUACGAAAGUGUACUCACGGAAGUAGUCGGUUUGAGACAGACUGAUAGCCUAUCAUGAACAAAACACUGUCAGCUUAAAGGUAGGACAUGGGAUUCUAUCUUUGGAAAUUAAACACGUCAAUCAUCUGUGGAAGGGGCAGGGCUUGAACAUUUCCACCACCUAGAAACAUUGGACAGUAUGUUCGUCAAUCACCCUCGCGCGCGUGAUCGACCCCGCUCGUCACCCAGUCAGAGCAAGUUGCUUCCGUUAGACGUUAUCCUGCGGUAGCCUACCGGACCGGAGCUGAUAACUACAAGAUAAUGGCAGACAAGACGCCGCCAGCACCAGCAAAGUUUAAAAGGAAAUCUAUAUUUGAGAGAACAAUUGCGAAUAAAGCGGCUGAAAGAGAAAGAUCGAAAACAAGAGUAGUCAUAGGCGCUGCUUUCCAACGUUGGCGACAACUGAAGGACCAGGAAGGUCUACAAACAGAUGCGGAUGUGGCAUUAUUUUUGCUGGACAGCCUUGCUGGUGCUGGCGAGGUGGUGGUGCAGUUGGAAUGCCUGCUGCAGCUGUUCCAGAGGUGCUUUGAGUGCUGCAGCGCAUGCAGCAUCCGUAAGAGGCGUGAGGGAAGGGUCUUCAACGUGACGCAGAACUGCCAGCAGUGUCAAGCCAAUAGAAAGUGGAGAAGCCAUGAACCUGAACAGACCAUCAGAGACCCAGCAAGCAACCAAGAGGUUGUUGAAGAGACAGUGCUGUUGUCUUUUGGGGACUCCGAGUCUGACGACGAAGAGGUCAAAUAUCGCAACCUAUUAAGCCAGCCAGAGGAACAUCAAAUGAACCAAUCAGAGAAAGCUCUAAUGAGCCAAUCAGAGGAAGAAGUCAAAGGUCACCACCCACCAAACCAAACAUUUGUGGACGAGGGAUCUCUUGCUGACACCUCAGAGAAUUUGGGCCAUACGAGGGUUGAAAAGGUAAAUAAUUUUGUUAUCCACCCACCUGGUGCCUCGAACAACAGAUCGAAUGACCAAGAGGAAGGUGACAAAAAUGACAGCCAUUCCUCUGUCUCUGGGGAUGAGAUUGUUUACAGAAUAGAAGAAGAAAUGGAACAUGAGGAUGAAGUAGCUGAUCUGGAAGAAGACUACAUGGAGGGGCAGGACAGUGUUGAUGAUGAUUGGUAUCCAAGCUGUGAGGAAGUGGAGCAGUCCUCAGCAUCUGAAGAUAAGAAUUCUGAUGCUGAAUUUGUCCCUAGAGCAUUUAGGAAGUCAAAGCGUGGAUUCAAUCCUGAUGCAGAACCCAUCUUGCCUCUGGUUUGGUGUUCUGUCUGUAGGUCCAGGUUUAAACACAGCUGCUUCAGACAGUGCCAUAGUCGACUCUAUGGCUGUGUCCACUGUGGCAUUAAACCCAAGAAGAUAGACACCAGUGAUGCCAAUAAAGAGGUUACCCCCACUAACAACGGGGAAACCACCAACAAUUGCGUCCAGGAAUCUAUUUCCAGCAGCAACCAGGACACCUGCAGUGACCAGGGAACCAUAGGAUGCAACAACCAGGACAUGUCUAAUGAUGCCAACCAAGGACCUGGCUGUGGAUCAAGACAAUGGACAGCAACUGAUGGCAACCAAGAUGAUAGUGGAAGCAGUCAAGGGGUGACUACUACUGGAGGUCUCUUGGUUGCAGCUACCAAUAAAGUUAGAAGGCCAGGAGCUAGUUACAUUGACAUCCAAGGAUUAUACGAUACUGCGGCCAAUGAAAAUACCCAUGAGGAGUCCUCUAGCCUGAACACUGAAACAUUUCCAGACGUCCAUUCUCAGGCUGUGCACAUUGAGGACCUGGCUGUCCAUUUUGAAAGUCUAACGGCCUUCCAAAGUCAUGCUCUAAAAUGCCACGGUAUUAGGCCUCCUCGCAAGCUCUGUGUGGACUGUGGAAAGUUCAUCACCAUGUUCAACAUGGUCGAUGGUGGACCCAGUCACAUCUGCGAAUACAAAGUAAAGCCCAUCGUCUGUCCCAACUGUGGUAAAAGGUUUGCCACUGAGAUUGGACUCCAAACACACAUCACUCGAAUCCACAAUGAGAAGUACAUACUCACCUGCCGCUACUGCCUCAAGGCUUUUAAGUCCCCUGAAGACAAGGGGGAGCAUGAGGAGAGCCAUGUAGAAGAGCUGCUGAAGUACCACUGCCCUCACUGCUCCCUACGCUUUGCAGACCGCCCCAGUUGGUGCGCCCACAGGAAGAGCCAUUGGCCCAAUGGGAAGCACAUCUGUGAGGUCUGUAGUAAGGGCUUCCGUUUUGCUGGUGUGCUCGAGAGACACAUGGCUGUCCACACUGGACAGAGGCCAUUCAGCUGUAAGCUGUGCGACCGCUCCUUCAACCAGCCAGGUCAUCUCAAGUCCCACAUGCGCGUCCACACAGGGGAGAAACCCUUCAAGUGUCAGGACUGUGGGGAGUGCUUCAACCACAACGUCAGCCUCAAGAACCACAUCCAGCGCCACCAUGGACCAGGAGCUGAGGAGGGGAACAGCAGAAAAGGAGGAAAAGGAGGGAAAGGUAGAAUGAGAAGAAAAAAAAGAAACAGUUGAAAUUCUCAAUGCUAAUGAGAUGUUCAGGACAAUACAGAGAAGUUUGAGGAAAGGCUGGCUUAUCUGUUCUGAGUUGUAUGCCUGUUUAAGAUGUUCUGGGAGAAAUUAAAGGGUUGCGCAGCAGGGUUGUGUAACUGAGCCUCUUUAAAGGUUGGCAAUCCCUGUUGUGUUUAUAUGCAAGGCGAGAAGGUUGUGCAGUUCCCUUGUCUAUCAUAGGAUGAUUUGGACAGUGAGUGGCAGCACAAGGUGUUCAGAGAGGAUAGUUACAGGAAGGGCUGGGGGAGACAACUGUUCAUGAUACUAGUUUUGUUUUGCAAUAUUUUUUUCAGUAAAAAAUGCAUAUUUUCUAAUGAUAACUGUUAAGCUCUCUGUUUGGCUGUUCUCAUUCUCUGUUCUGAAAGGUAACAUUUAGAAUGGAACUUACAUGCAGUUGGUAUUUGCGAUGGAUUCUGUAUCAUGGCUAACAAGGUUCGUUUUUGAAAUUAAAUAAAAUUAAUGACAUUUGGACCUAGCUAGAGGACUGGGGAAUUAUGUAGUUUCUAUUUCCA